UGCGGCGCCGCAGUCGUCCACAGCAUCCAGAGGUGUGUCGACAUCGCAUCAUCUCUUGUUCAAAUACAAAGUUAACCCCUUAGAUACAUAUGCACGUCAUUCGGGGAAGGCAUGACGAGUGUGAAAAAUAGCCCGUGCAACGCGAUUGAUGAUGGGAUGCUGAUGGUUCGGGGGUGAAAUGUGAGGGUGAUCCGGAAUUCCGGGCAUUGUUAGAUCGUCGUGCGUCGGUGAGAUUGCCACCAGUGAUGAUUCCGGAGGAAUCAAGUACAAUUUGGUAUUCAUGAAGAAGCAUAAAAGAUUUAAGCGCCAAGCAGUAUGUCUACGACGGCAACCAGCAUCGUCGAGACUUCCUCGAAUUUUUCCAACCCCUGGGACGAGGCAAAGAAAAUUAUCUCACUACCAACAACCGCAACAUCUCUGAAUAACCAAACGCAACGGUCAAUUAAGGAGUUGUUCUACAACGGCACCGGAUACUACAUAGAAGACGAAGUGGAACCAGGUCUGAAUGAUCUACAAACUGUAUUCCUAGCCUGCUUUGCCACACUAAUUCCAUUAGUUGUUGGGCUGCUCACAGCGUUCGGAAUAAAGGUGCUUUGGACCAGAUACAAAAAACAAAAGGAGAAUCCUAAAUAUGACGGCAUUUUGGAGAGGCGAGACACUUCCGAGUCAAUUUCCAGACCCUUACAUUCGCAUCUGUUGAACAGCGACAAGCAGAAAUGUGGGGAAACGCAUCUUGCCAUCAACACCGAGGAAGUCGAAGUGUGUGAUGGUACAGGUGUUAGCCAAAUAAGGAGCAACAACCACUCGAGUACCAAUGGCAGUAUCAUCACCAUGACGCUCAAAAACAACCACCUGAUUGUAGAAACUGAAGAAAGAAACGACAUCGAGGAGGACAGCAGGGAGACCACGAUGAAGUACUCGCCGGGAGCCAGAGAUGGGGUCUUCGUGGUGGAGGUCCAGCAGGGGGUGCGGCGCAGUCCCGGCUCGGGGCCUCAGUCGGGGGCUGAUCCUGAACUGUCGGUGUCCGUGAGCGACCAGUGCGCUUUAGUACACAACCCCCCUGACAGAUAUAGUGACGACGAGACUUUGGAAGAAUGUGAUGACUACUACAUAGAAACCACGUCUCCCGCAAGGGACACCCCCGACUCCUUAAUAACCCAAAUCAGGACCGGCCUCUCCCAAUCCGACAGCAGUUUGACAGGCGAGCACCCCAGCUACUGCUACACAAAUCAGCAGUGCUACGACAACGGUAGCUACGGCUACCCCAUCUACAACGGCUACAUCAACGACGAACCUCCUCAAAGACUAAAAGAAGACAACAACAAGCCGAAAAUCACCGCUGCCGUGUACAAGACCCACUCUCGGACCAUCGAGGAGCCCGACGAAGACGAGGUGCAAGAAGAGCAGAUGCGACUAGGAAACUCUCUCCAUAUCUUAGACAAGAAACCAAACGACAUAUCGCUGAGCCGUAGGACGGAAGCGGAUGUUAGGUCUGCGGAGUACGCAAAUAAAGGGUUCGAUUAAGUUGCGAAGAGGCUGAUUUUCGUUUGUCAUCGGUUUAUUUUGGGAGAAAUGAGCCCGCGCGAUGACCCCGAGGUCUUUAAACUUCAAUAAAAGGAUGAACAGGUUUUCGUCUUCCAAAUAUUCCAACUAACGCCCUUAAACAAAAUAAAUAAGUGGGAUUCGUUCGGCCGCAUUAACUGCAUUUUUUCGCGACUGCAAUUAUAUUCUUGCAAAACCGCAGAUCGUUUCGGGCCGUAUUUUGCUCAGUUGCACCAUCUCAAAAACGACGACCUCUUGUGAUAAUAACGGAUGUUGAAGAAUGAAGUGCCCAUGUAAUUGUAGGCUGCGCUGAUUUAAGGACCAAGUGGCAUCAUCCUUGUAGAUUUCAUCCUCAAAAUCUAGAUGUCAAAAGCUUUCGAUGUACGAUUACAACGAUAGAGUGAGAAGUUGUUAUUCUUCUUAUUAUAGAUUCAUUUGCUUCACGUCGGUGAAUUGAAAGCCUUUAAUGUUGUACUACUGUAUAUAGGUAUUUAAAGAACGUAGUUUGUAGAAUUUUUUCUAUGCACCUCAGCUAAAAAUCGCACUUGACAUUAUUAAAGAUAACUUUAAACAACCAAUUUAGUUCGUAUGGAAAUUGUUGUAUUUUUUUAUUACUGUAUACAUUGUAAAUAGUUUAUUGAUUACCGUCCGAUUUGUGUGACGAGAAGUGAAGAAUUGCAUUAGCACAGGUUGCUGCACCUCUUCAUGGCUCAAAAAAUUGUACAUAAUUCUUGUUAUCAUUUUAUGCAUCUGUGGAUCUUUUGUAAGUUUCAAGUGAUCCUCUUAAUUACGUUUAUGUAGCAGGUGGAGCGGUGAAAACGUCACAGGGUUAAUUACGUAGAUCAACAGUGGAAUUCAGGCAGACAGCGCAAAAAAUGUUAAAAUUCAUUUAAGAUUCACCACGAUUAACGAAAAACACUCACGAUAUUAUAGACUUGCUAGUUAUCUUAUUAAAAAGUUAUAAUCUUUACAACAAUGUUAAAUGGAAGGACCAAUUGAAAUUUUAAGAAUUUUUGAUACCAGUUCAUAUUCUAUGUAUUUUUAUAAAAUGAAGCCGUUUUAUGCUAAAACUUUAGAAUAUUUUUAGGCCAGUCUUGCACUUUCACGCUAAAAAGUAUUCGAAUUUCAUAAACGGCUUUUAUUGCAAUAUUUAUCUUCUCCGAAUAUUGGUCGCAUAUUAUGGGAAAGGAAUUUAAAAACACGAUUAUAACUUAAACAGAAAGAGUAAGUAAUGACAGAAAACUACAUAAAAGGAUACAUUUUUUGACCACACUUUUCAUAUUUUUUAACCGUAUUUGUGCUUACUGUACAAUUGUAUUAAAGUGAAAUAACCAUCGUAAGAAGAAGAAGAUUGUUUAAAUCAAAAAUUUUAAUUCGGGUAUCGGUAACAAAAGUGCUAUAUUAGGCCUACAAACAAAAUGAAAUUAAUUAUAAUUUUUUAGUAAUCAGUGGGCAUAAAAAUUGCUUUUAUAUAUGCUUGCACAGUAUUGUUAAUCAACUUUAAAUAAUGUUUGCUUGCCUUGGAUACAAUUGACCGAAUAGUCGUUAAUAAAUUAUUUAGGUCGGUAAAAGUAAAUAUAAAAACUUUAUAAAACAUCAUAAAAUACAUUUUUGCUUUUUUAUUUUUUUAGAAACGAUGAUUAAAUCUAUAUGUGUGUGCCUUUUUUUAAAAUAAAUAUAGUUAUAAAUAGUUUUAUUGUAACUGAAAACUUCAGAAUUCGAUAUAUUUAGUCUUGUGUUUUAUUAAAUAAAUAGUAAAUAUCUUUCAAAUUUUAGUAGCGACUUAUUCUUAUAAAUAAAAAGUCAUACCAAGAGAAGUUAGUUUUAGAUGAAACAGCCUGUAUAUGGUUAUGAAAACAUUAAGAUUCUAAUUAAAGUAUAUUCACAUUUUUUUUAUUGGAGGCGUUAAAAUCAAAAUUCAUGACGACAUAUCGUUAAUGUUAUUGUUAAAUUAAUUGAUGAAGAGUACAUAACAGUAACGUUAAAUUGUUUAUACAGGGUGAUCAGUAUACAAUGUUAAAACUAAGUAUCAUUUUAUUCAAAUUUGUAAACCUCUCGAGGGUGGGUCAGUUUAAGUUUCGCCGGAAAUGCUUCCAACUUUUUUUCUUAAAUUGAGCAUUUCAUAUACAGGCUAAUUCAAAAAUGUCUCACCAACUCAACGGUUCUUAAGUCGAAGUUCCAGAAAAAUCAUUAAAAAUUCCUUAGUUGGAUUAAAAAAGGUGACUGUUGUCAGAUUAAUUCUGAACAAUGUUUAAGUUUUUUGUAAUGUUAUAAAAUAAAUACAAUUAUGGAUAAAAACAUGAUGCUUCCAAAAUUAUUUUGAAUAAUGAAAGUCUGAUCGAUUUUAGAUAGGCAUCAUUAAGUAAUGAAUGAAAGUAUGAUCAAAAUAUACCUAAAAAAAAAAUUAAACUUAGAUGGACUAUGGCUUCUAUAUUUAGACUCAAGGAUUUUUUAAAUUAUUUUUUCUUUGCUCAAUAAACAGUCCUUAAAACAACGUGUCAUAGAAUUGGUGGGCUACUUUUUAAUCGCCCUAUAUUUUGAAAAGUUUGAAUUUUAUUCCUGGCUUUUUUUUCUUAAUUUAUAAAAAAAUAUAUUUUAGUAAAAAAAAUCGUGUUCCAAAAAGUUUCUGAUUCUUAUAAUAAUUAUAAAGUACACAAUGAAAGGAUUAACGAAAUUAUUCACCAACAUGCGUAAAUUAAUGUAGGUUUUAUUUUAUUUCCAUAACUGGAUGUUGUUGCAUUUCAAAAUACUUAGAUAUAAAACAGCCGAUUUCAAAGAACUAAAUUAUUUUUAGAAAUUUUAAAAUGAUAAUUGGACAUUCAACAAAAAUUUAUCCAUAGAAACAUUUUAAAGUCAUCAAAAUUACCCCUUGUUGAGCAUCUUUUUUUGUUUUAUUUAUUGUCACUAUUUUAAGAAAUUUAAAAUUAUAAAUUUUAAGAUAAAAUUGAUAUCAACAAUGAAAAUGGAAUUCAAGGCCACAGGGACAAAACAAGGAAUGCCAACCCAAAAAGUAAAAAUGACAUAACGGUGGCAACACUUACAUUUUUCUUGCAUAUUUUUAUCUAAAGAAAAAGUAGUGGUUGCUCAAAAAUAUUGAUGUGUUGGGUGAAGUACAGGUUUAGGACUCCUAUAAUAUUGUUUCAUUAUUAGAAUGUUUAGAAUUAUUAGAACCAGAAUUUGUACUUCGCAAAAAUAUUAACAUCGGUCAAGACUUAAACUGUUGACUCUAUAAACUUCUGUUUUGUACCUCUGUACCUCUCAAUUACAUCAGUUGUUACACUGAUAUACAGGGUGAUUAAAAAAUGUCACACUAACUCAUGACUCAUGACACGUUAUUCAAGACUGUUUAUUGAACAACGAAAAAAUAAUCUAAAAAAUCGUUGAGACCAAAUGUAGAAGACAAAGUAACUUUUGUUUUAAUAUUCGACCAUAUUUUAAUUCACCACUUAGUCUUGGCUCGGCUUUCACUAUUCAAAUCACCCACAGUUUUCUUCAUUUUAUAAUAUUACAAAAAUUUAAAAAUGAUUUGAUUUGAUUUGAUUUGAUUUAGUGCGAUAUUUUCGAAUCAACCUGUAUAUUUUUGGUUUAGUUAAUAUUGAUCUGGUUUUAUCCAAUUGUAGGGUCGCAAUUCAAAAGUAAACGACGACGUCAUAACAACGUAUUUUUGAUUUACUUGUCCAAAUGUGAAAAAUUGAUUUGAGCAACUUUAGUUACAUUAUGACAAAAUUGUCAAGGGCGAGAAAAAAGUCAUUUAACAAUAUCUUAUGAAGACUUAUUUUAUAAUUAGUCAAAAAGAUCCAUUUGUAAGUUUUUGAGAUUCUUUAAACAUAAUUUUUGGUCUCGUUUUUUGUUCAUGUCAUCAAUAGGGAUAAGUGUGGAAAGUUAGAAGAUAUUAUGUACGUUAAUAAAAAUAUGAAUAGGUUUUCAAAUUAGCUAAUACGGUGAUAAUUUGUCUAAAGCUUUGUAAAAUACUAAAGGAAUGUAUAUAAUCUGCAUGAAACUCGAUUGUUCGAUAUCAUGAACAUAAUUAAGAAAUAAGGAACAUAUUAACCUUCUAACAGUGCCAACUGUACUCACGUAUAAUAAUAGUAAUAUAGUAAUAAUAAUGAUAAUAAUACAUUUUUUCCGCUGCUUUAAUCAUAUGUAUUAUUUUGGAGCUUUACUAAUUGAACCCAAGUUUGACAUAUUUUUAAUAAUAAUAAUGGUAAUAAUAAUAAGAAAGUUGAACUACUAUAUUCCGCGAGUAAAUAAAAUCUCUUUAACCAGGUGUAACAGAAAAAAUUAAAAAAAAUACUUUGAUGAUGAAAUAACACUUAUUACACUUUAGUUAGCCAGGAAAUUUCUUAAUUUCUAUUGGGUGUUAUUAAAUAAGAAUCAGUAAUUCCGACAGAUGUACGAAUGACUUGCGACUUUCGCAAUACGAGUAUUGGAAAAAUUAUAACGAUAAUGUAUUGUGUACUACAAAGUUGCAUACAAGGUUCCACUUAGUUGGCAUUGAGAUUACGGAGCUCAAAAUUAAUAUAGAAAAAUAUGUUUCAGUAUUUCAAGGCAUUUUAGUUAGGUUUGUCGUGAUUGUUAUUGUUGCUUGUUUACAUUCCUGAAUAAAUCGAUUUUAUUUAGGUUGUUUGAAAUUGCAUUAUCGGGUUUUCAAUUUUUUUAACGUAACAGUUAUUUCAAUAUUAUUAAUGGAGAAAAAACAAAUGGAUACAAAUUGUGUAAAAUAGAUUACAUUUUUUUUUUGUUACAAAAGUGUAAAUACUUUUUAAAGAUGUUUUUUUUUAUAUAUAAAAAAAUAUGUGGCCACGUCGUUAAGAAACCAUGAAAGUUAGACACUUAUGUUGAGGUUUUAAGGACAUUUGGAAAACUCAUACCACACUGGCUUUAACCACAUGUACCUUUUGUUUUUUUCGGAGGAUCAUUACAGCAAUCAUGCCUACAAGAAAUUUUACGACUGGUUAUUAAUCCGUAUUUCGCAACUGAGGAAGAAACUCCACCUGCUACAAAAAUGCGUUUUUAACAACUUGCGAUUAUUGUUACUAUGGUUUCCCCAAAAUUUAGCAGUUUAGGGGCGAGUUUAUAAGGGAUCAAGCGACUAGUCGUACAAAAAUUCGUUUAACUGAA